UCCGUUCAACUUCGACACGAAAGGAUGGAAUAUUACAGGUUCGCCUUGCUGGUAGUCUUCCUGUCCUACAUUGAGCGCUGUUGGUCUUCUUCCUGUGUGGUGGACAGCUUCACUGUCAAGCAGGACUUUGACCCGAAAAAAUAUGCAGGAAAGUGGUAUGCCCAGCAGAAGAAAGAUCCAGAAGGACUCUUCUUGCAGGACAACAUUUCUGCAGAGUACACUAUCGGAGAAGACGGAGCCAUGACUGCAUCUUCCAAGGGUCGCGUCACUCUGUUUGGAUUCUGGGUUGUGUGUGCUGACAUGGCUGCCCAGUACACGGUGCCUGAUCCGUCCACACCUGGCAAGAUGUUCAUGAACUACCAGGGUCUGGCCAGCUACCUGUCUAGUGGAGGUGACAACUACUGGAUCAUCGACACCGACUAUGACAACUACGCCAUCACCUACGCAUGCCGCACACUGAAAGACGACGGCACCUGUGAUGACGGCUACGCCAUUGUGUUCUCCCGUAACCCCCGCGGCCUGCCCCCAGCCAUCCAGCGCAUUGUGCGGCAGAAACAGGAGGAAAUCUGCCUGGCGGGACAGUUCAAACCCGUCCUGCAAUCAGGAGCCUGCUGAGGUCUCUGACACCUUCCUUUAGUACGCUGCCAUGAGAAGACUCAUCCAGCGCUUUAGAGAUGCAGAGGACAAAGAAGGCAUCAGGGAGAAAAUUGUGUUGGGGACAAUAAAUAUUUUUUAAACGAAA